AAAACCCCAGCAGGUGUCGCUUCUUCUUGCACCGGUUAAAGGCGCAGGAGGCCCGCUCUGGCGUUUGAAGCCAAAGACAUUUUUGGAGUCCGCUUUACAGAGCAAUCUCCAGCACGUUUACUCAGAACAGUAAGAUGACUUCAGCACCUCAGCCUCCAGAUUUACAACAUGAAGCACCCAAAGAGAAAGACUAUCGAACUCCCGGAUUCCGAAGUGUCCGAACUACCACCUUGUUCCGUGCUGUGAACCCAGAACUUUUUAUUAAACCUAACAAACCAGUUAUGGCUUUUGGGCUUGUAACGAUUACUCUUUGCGUAGCCUACAUUGGAUACUUGCAUGCACAACAAGAGAAUAAAAAAGAUCUUUAUGAAGCUAUUGACAGUGAGGGAAAGCGACAUAUGAAGCGGAAGACUUCUAAAUGGGACUAAAGAAACGCAUGACUUGCACAUGUUCUGCAUGUAAGGCGACACAAAUAAGUGGUAUAUUUAGUUUUCUGAUUUGUGACUUUUCAGGAUUUUGUGUGGAAAGCCAGCAUUUUUCUUGGCAAUAAUGGAUGUUUCUUUUGAAAUAUAAUGCCCUUUAAUAACUAGGAAAAAUGAUAUUGCCUGUACUGAAUAAAAAGCCAGCAUUAUUAAGAAAUGUAAUAUUUGUAACAACUGUUGCAGAUAUUCUAAGAAUAAGCACUGUUGCAGAUAUUCUAAGAAUAAGCACCUCUCUCUCUCUCUCUCUCUCUCUCACACACACACACACACACAUGCACACACGCCUGUUCUGUGUGUGUGUAUAGAAUGCUACACCGACUUACAAAAUUUUAAGAGCAGAAA